GAUUGUGACGUGUUUAGCGUGGAAUAGAUUAAAUGAUAAUGAUUUGGUUUUGGCCCAAAAAUUCAAUUGCCGGAACGUCUCUCGUGAGUCGUGAAAGGUUAUUGUGUUCUAAGGUCAAGGUUUUUCUUCUUAUGACCUCAUGAUUGACUAAUUUUCGUACGUGGUAAAAGUAGUAUGGAAAGUAUUAACGACGAUAAAAUACAGAAGACACUCGUGACACCGGGUAUUGGUGGUCAGCCUACUUUCUCCAACGGAACAAAAGUAUCGUUUCAUUUUGUGACGCGAGUUGUAAGCAGUAAUAGUGUAGUAGACGAUAGUUACAAAUGGCCCAAGCACAUGGAAAUCGUUUUGGGAAAAAAAUUCAAAUUGGAAGUCUGGGAAACUAUUCUGAAAUCAAUGCGUGAGGGAGAAAUUUCAAAAUUUAUUGUUCACAAAAGUGUGACUUAA